CUCAAUAGCAACUAUACUGUGUGCACUUGUUAGUAAAUAUUUUUUUUGUCUAAAAAUUUAUUACCAAAUAACCAUAAAAAAGACGAAUACAUCAAAAAAAAAUUGUCGCUUUUGAAUCACUUAAAUUUGCUAUCAAAACAAUAACACGCUGGAAGUUCCCGGGGGUGGUUGGAAUAAGAAAAUUUUGUGAUUCAAUUCCAAAAUGGAAAAUGUGUGCGGAUUUGUGCGUUGUGCAGCAAUGAACAUUGGUCGGAUGUAGGAUCUCAUUUUUUUUUUCGUUUUCGUUUAAUUUUUUCCGCACGACAAAACACCAUCCAUUACGUACAUUAUAUUGGAAUAUGUGCCGAAUAUAAUGCUGAGACGGAAUACAUAGACGGAAAAUAACGAGAAAUUUGACGGAUGAAAAAAAAAAAAACGAAAUCCGUGAAAUCUGUCAAACAAAAAUUUUUAUUUUCUCAAAAUUUGGCCAUUUGUAAGGAACAGUGUACUACAACACGAGAGACUCCCAUACAACGUAUCUGAUAUUUGGUCGUCGCAUACAUAAGUCUAGCUGGCGAUCAUAAACAUAUCCAUUAAGCAGUGCUAAGCUAUCGUGGUGUAUAAUAUAUUGUAGUGAAGUGAAAUAUAUUUUUUUGGUCAAAAAAUGUAUAUAUUCUCGCCGUUUGACCGAUGCACACAAUGAAUCUGUUAGUGAAUCCGAACACAUACGAGAGAUAUAAUUUUAUUUUCGCAUAAUAGCAACAACCAACCAAUGUUUCAAGUGAAUAUAUUUCUAGUCAAAAAAUGUAAUUGUGUAACUGUGUGCUGAUCAUCGAGACGAGAACAAAAUUUAUAAUUUUAUAGUUGGGUUUGAACGUAUAGAGAUAAUGUUGUGAUUGUGUAUAUUAUAUACAAUGGCGCUCCUUUAAUGGUGGAUUUUACACACAAGGAAUAUAAAUAGCGUAGGAACGAAAUUGUGUGCUGAGAGGUAGCGGAAGCAAAAUUACAUUUUUAUCGUAAGUUGGCUACAUCGAAUUCGGAGAAGAAGAAGAAGAAGAGGAGAAAAAUAAAACUUAGUUCUUCACACCAACUGGUUAAUCAAACCGAAAACAGAAUGCAUCGAAACAAAAAGCUGCAAAAUCGACGAAACAGUGAAAAAAUCGUCGUUAAAUUCCAUAAAUAAUUUCUCAUUUUUUUCGUUUUGUACACCAAAAUGACAAGGACACGAAGCUCUGAUUUACGGUAGACUAAUAAAAUCGACACGAACUUUAUUAUUAGUGUCAUUGUUUUGACGGAUAUUAUGUGCGCUGUAUGAUAAGGUAACCAUCCAAAUCCGACAGCAAACAACACAACCAUAUUGAUAAAUAUUGUUGCCAUUGCACUGCACACUCGUUCAGCGAGUUUAUCUUUUCGAUUUUUCCAUUUUCGGAUUAAGUGCUCAUGGAAUUAUCGAACAAUGCAAUGACGUCCCCGAUGGCGGCGACAAAUGUUCCGUAUUCGCCCGCGCCUCUGCAAUCAGAUCUAUCAUACAGUCCAGACCAUUCAAAGUUGACAGCUCCGUCACCAGCAAGCUCACAAAAUGCAACCGAACGACCAAACGAUUUAUCACCGAAACCAAAUCCGGACGAUCAACUAGUAAGCAAUGACCAUCAGCAGCACUCCGUGCGAAAUUUCAUCAAUCAUUCAAAUGAAACAGAGAAUGAGACUGAUAAGAGUCAAGUGAAAUUUAUCGAAGAAUCUCAAUUAAAAUCCACUCAACCAUCGCCAAUGGAUUUUCAAUCGAACAAUCAAGACGAUGACAACAAACAACACGAACUGAAAGCUUAUAAUCCGAUAAAUAAGGAAGCGUCACCGACUCACACAAAUCACAUUGAACAUGACAUAAAAUUCGAUAAGAACAACGAAGAUAAAAAUGUAGGCGAACCGUAUAAUCAGCAUGUUGACAGAGAAAUCGACAGGCACAAUGACCAUGCACAUCAUCAUCUCAUACAGCAUCACCACAAUCACCAUCCGCAACCAGAAGUACAGCGAGACAAUUUAAAUGGGAGCCUACCUCACGAGCACCAGAAUGAUCCGAGGCAUCAACUGCAAAGCCAACCACAAUAUCAUCCGCCUCUUCAUCUACAAGAACAUCAACAUCAUCAACAACAACACCAUCAGCAGCAGCAGCAGCAGCAACAACAGCAACAGCAUAUGCAUCACCAACUUCAACAGCAUCAUCAUAGUCUCGGGUUACAUGAUCAUCAAAGUCAUUUGCAGCAUUUAGACUCGCAACAUCAUCAGCCGUACAAACUGUACACGCCCCAAUAUCUUCCGCCACCGAACAAUUACAACAAUGCCUAUGUGAACAAGCCAAACACCACGUUCAAACCGUACCGCAUGUCGAAUAUUCCGUCAAAUAUGAAACACGAAAUGUCUGACGAUGGAUAUGAAACGAGCGCCACUGGCGACGGUAGUCAUCUCACGCAAAAUGGCAGCCACAUGAUGGGCAAUCAAGUGUUGAUGCCAAAAUGCGAAAUAUCGCCACCCGACGAUCCAUACAAUUUCGUUGACGACGAUAUGCAAGGCUCGAUGUCACCACAUUUGAUGCCGUCGAGUAUGCAACCACAUAUGCGUGUGCCAUACUCGCAAAGUUCCUUGGCUGGCGGUGGUGCUGGUGGCAAUAUUGUCAAUAACGUACCGAAAUUAGCGUCGAUGCAUGGAAACAUGCAUGCCAUGUCGACGGUACACAGUCCAGUGCUAAGUAGUCCACCCAUUGACGGAUCGACACCAAAGAAACGCGGACGCAAAAAGAAGCAGCGUGACGAUACUGGACAAAUUCUUAACGGUGUGGUCAAGCAAAUACCAGCCAAAGAACGGAAAAAGCACGACCGGUUCAACGGCUUGUCAGAGGAGGAAGUUUCGAAACGAACACUGCCAGAUCAUCUAGCCAACAAUUUGGACAUAAUCAUAAUUGGUAUCAAUCCCGGACUAUUCGCCGCAUACAAAGGACAUCACUAUGCCGGUCCCGGAAACCAUUUCUGGAAAUGUCUGUAUCUGUCCGGCUUAACACACGAACAAAUGAAUGCCGAAGAGGAUUACAAACUGCUGGAUUUCGGAAUCGGCUUCACAAAUAUGGUAGAACGAGCAACCAAGGGCAGUGCAGACUUAACGCGAAAAGAAAUCAAAGAAGGUUGUCGCUUACUGCAAGACAAACUGAGACGCUUUCGGCCGAAGAUAGCUGUUUUCAAUGGGAAGUUAAUUUUCGAGGUAUUUUCGGGAAAGAAAGACUUCAAUUUCGGCCGACAACCGGAGUGCAUCGAGGGAACCAACACGUAUAUGUGGGUGAUGCCUUCAUCAAGUGCACGUUGUGCUCAACUACCACGAGCUGCUGACAAAGUUCCUUUUUACACGGCGCUGAAGAAGUUUCGUGACUAUCUGAAUGGGCUGAUACCCCAUCUGGACGAAUCAGAAUGUGUGUUCUCCGAUCCUAAGUUUAAGGCCUGUUACGAGAUUGAGCCAAAGGCUGAUAAUAUUAGCAUCCCAUCCAUACAAUCGGCUACGGACAUAACGGAUCUUAGUAAUAAUCAUAAGAUGUUGGAUGUUCCUGGUAAAAAGAAACGCGGACGACCGAAGAAAGUUCGCGGUUUGGACGGCGAAGAACCGAAAGUGACGCCGCGACGAACUCCAUCUGUAGUUACACUAGAUAGCGAUGGUAUGCCAAAGAAGAAACGUGGCCGGCCUAAGAAAGUAAAGACCGACGCAAUUAACGGUAUGUCAAACGGAAUGGAAGCUAUUAGCAAUAGUAUUGAUGCGAUGUGCAAUACUAGCAUAGGAAUGUGUUCAAGUGUUAACGGUCAAAAUCGCAUGUAUCCGUCGCCCAUGCAAUCACCGAAUCCGAACAAUACGUUCUGUGGGAUGAAUAGUAUGAAUCCCAGCGCCUAUGGUUCCAUGAACUCGAUGGCACUGAAUCCAAACCGACCGAACUCCUACAAUCAUCAGCAAUCGCCACAGAACUUACACUCGCAACCUUUUUCGCACUCGGACCUAUCAUCGGAAAUAUCAGCGGCAAUUUCAUCGGAACAUUUGGGAGAAAGUCCUGUGCCAACGUCGCCUAGUUUAGGACCACCAGAUUUUGAGCCACCGAACAACUGUAUGCCAACCGACGACAAUAACACAAACGAAUGUGGUUUUGCCAGUCCUGCACCGUCAACGAUAAGCGAACACACCGGUCCACCAUUAUCUCAAUUACACAGCAACAACAAUUCGACAAGUUACUCGCCCUAUCGUACAACGCCGAGCAACAAUUUCAUCGAUCCUCGUUCAAACGAUCCAAACGUUAACACCACCAACGAAAGCUACGCCCUGCAAGCGCAGCAACGGCAACAACAACAAAACGGACUUAGCAAUCCGAUGCUACGUCAGACAAUUCCAACCAAUGUUGAUCAACACAGUCCACGGCAUCAGCAACAGCAGCAGCAACAACAACAGCAAACGCAGCAACAGCAACAACAGCAUUCGACGACGGGUGAUGUUUAUAAAUUGCCUGAUGUGUCUGCGAAAAGUCUGUCGGGUCUUGAAUCGUUGGUAGAUCAAAUACCGAGUCUAAACGACUCUGAAUCGCCAUCCUCGAAUAAUAGUCUUGCUGGUCACAGUUUGAAUGUCAGCAAUUUAACCGGUGCAUCAGUUCCAAUAUCAGAUUCUCGUACGGCCGACGUGUCGUCACUAAGCGAACAAUACCAAAAUAGUUGCAUUUAUUCCGGCUACCCAUCCAAUUUAAAUUCGAUGCCUGGACCAACGUCUGUGAAUCCAUCACAAAUUCCGCAAUUCUCAAAUUCUAACUAUUCGCCGCCAAAUUCAUCAAGUCCAUCGAAUGCAACUAACGCUUAUGGCAGUCUCUCUAGUUCAUUUUCGGUUAGCAGUCUAACCUCAUCCUAUCCUUCGUCAGCGAUGAACACGUAUCAUUCAAAUUUGAUGGCCGCUUCAACGCACCAUCUCGGCGGAACUGGUGCUCCGAUGUACAUGGAACCACAUAUCCCAAUGGCCGUGAAUCCACUCUAUCAUCCUUACAGUCAGCAUGCUAGUUAUACUGGUUACAGUCCAAUAGCACCGCCGCCGACGAUUCACAUGCCAAGUCCAAACUAUCCGUACGGCUACACCAAUUCCACCUAUGGACAACCGGCCCAUCCGACCACACAUCCGGCAGCUGGAUAUCUAUCGAAUCAUCAUUCAAUGUUUGAUCGAAUCAAGCCGGACAUUGGUUACGGGGGAUUUUAGUCACUUUGGGUGACACAUUUAGUUGCGAAUGAGACGAAAGAGACUCAAUUGUGAUCAUAAAAACGAUUCGUUGUGAUGAGCGUCCUAUUUUAUUGAUUGUAAGUCGAAUGAAUGGCGAUGGAUUUUCUAAAUUUUUUUGAUUUUGAUCUUCACAUUGGUCUGGAAGGUCUUUGCAUUGGAAUUUCGUUAGCGCAAUUUCUGAAUGUCUGAGUGAGUGGUCGGAACUGUAUGGGUGGUUGUGGAAUCUAAAACUGAGCGGGAACGAUGGUAGUCCUCAAGAAUCUCUGCAUUUGUAAUCUCGUACGUUCGCCCCUUAAUUUGUUGACUGUAACAUGUGAGAGAUUAGAGAGUGUGUUUGGCUUUAGUAAGUCGGUAUAGGUUAAAUGAGAUAAUUCACGCAAAUAUUAGACAGGUUUCCCCAUGGCGGACUCCUUCCACUGGUCGAGUAGUGUAUUGGUAUUGAGUAAACGUUAGUUUACGCCUCGUCUUCCAUAUAAAAAUUGUCAACUCUAGACCGAGUGAAUUGCUAUUUUUUUCCGAUACAUGGGAACCCGAAAAUGGUGUGUGAGUCUCACAUACGCGGAUAAACAGGUUACUCAUUUUGCCGCAAAUGUCAAAGGUCACAAAUUGCCAAUCGAUCAACCAAAGACUGAAAUCGUUUCAGAAAAUUCGUUAAAGCGAAGAAAAAUCAUUUGCAAAAGUUUCCAUAGCGCAUUCGAGUGUCGUUCAUUUUUAUCCAUUUAUUGUGCGGUGUGAGGACUCAAAACUUAUUUCGCUUCCAAAGACAGAUUCAAUCUCUCAGUGCUAUUGACAUUAUCGUUUCAUUUGAAGGAAGAAGGAGAAGUCGAGAAGUUCACCAAAAGUAAAAUUGAGAAAAUGAAUGGAUUGCUAAUGAUGUGUCUCCAGUCACUAGUCGGUUUCGUUGACUGACCAUAAAAUAUGUGUUGUCGCGAUCUCCUCAAGAGAAAUUUGCGUCUUCAGUUCAAUUUGAUUUUAUAAUUUUGAAACAGAGAAACUAUAAGAAGCGGUUUGUUCACUAGCGUAAUUUACUGUACGAAUCCAGUGCUUAAUUAAAUGAGUCAGAAAAUUGUUUUAAAAUUAAAAUAAAUUUCUGUUUUUUUUUUUUAGCUAAAAUCUCUUUUUUGUUAACCAUAGUAAUAAAUGGAAUUUUAAACAAAAAAAAAACAUUAAAAAGUUCAGUUACUUUCAUCUCGAUUGUACAAAAUGACCAUAGUUUUACGAUAAAUAAAAUUUUACCAUGGAAUCAACACUAUAUUUCUAUGUAACAGGGUAUAUAUGUAAUUUGAACUAAUUUAUAUAUAAAAAAAAACAAACAAAAGAACAGAAAAAUGAAGAUGGAAAAAAUUAAGAAAUGAUUCGAGGGUGAUAUAUUACUACUUAGAACAAUUUUAAGAUAAUCUUUAAAAAGCAAAAAGAAACAAACAAAAAAUAAAUGAAAUAAAAAUGUGUAUCAGUCAGUUGUCAUAGGAUGCAUAGAAUGGUAAUUUUAAUAAAUAAAUCUUACCAUUACGUCUAAGAAUACAGCCAGACCGUUUACACUUUAAUAAAGGAAAUGAACAAGAAAUGGAGAGAAGAAAAUAAUUUGCAUAAAACAUAUAUACGUAAUCGACUACUAUAAAUGAAUAUCUUUACACUUAAUUAUAAAAGAAAACAAAAAAAUUAAAUUAAAAAAAAAACAAAAACAAAAAAUAAGAAAAUUAUUUCAAAGAACAUUUUUAA